GGACAAUAUUUGAGAAAUAACUGUAGUGCAGUGUGCAAAAAACGGCGGCAGCGAUAGGGGUGUAUAGCGUGGAAGAGCGGACGAAUUUGUCGACUACGAGCCUACUACAUGCGAUCAGGAAUACGACGACGUCUCACUUUCGUGUCGAAUUUCGACGACAUCACUGCUGCAUGCAUCUAGUUUAGCACGGAGUAUCGGAUGGAUUGUAAUUUAUUGAGGAGCGGUGAUCUAAUUCUGACUCUACACAAAGCUGAUUCUCUCUCAGCCAAACUUGGUUGAUAUGCAUGAACGCCAAUGUGUAUCAUUUGAAUAAUCACCGCAUUCCAGAGAGAAUGAAUAGAUAGUUCAACAGAUCGAAGCUACCUUGUCACAUGUAUCCCUAGCUGCAGUUGAACUAUAUAGUUUCUGUGUACAACCACGUUUCUUCUAUACACAAGGCGCCAUUUUCUAACAUACCAGAUAUUGUCAUAUACAUUCUACUCGGAAUAUCGCUCUUCAUUUCGCAAGGCAACACUUCAUCGCAUACAUUCAAAGAGAUAUUGAUUUUGUCGAAUAAAUGGACACAUUUUUGUUUGAUUACUCGAAUACUGCCAACAUCACAAGCAUCUCCAUUUCUUUAUAUUUGCUAUUUAAUGACGCUAUAAAGGAAAGAUAAAAGAGGGAUAAACUGCACAAGGAUACAAUACUUUUUGUCUCGAACAUCGUCAAGGAUAAAGAUAAACAAAGAUGCAGGACGUUGAUCUGCAUAGCUUGGAGUGCUCUAUUUGCCUCAAGACUAUCAAUGAACCCAAGCUCCUGACCUGCUCUCAUACCUUCUGCAAGUCAUGUCUGGAGAAAUUGUCUGACGCACAGGUGAACCGAUCCGUUCUACCAUGUCCCAUCUGCAAGAAGACAACAGCCGUCCCCAAAGGAGAAAUCGGUAAUCUACAGACCUACCAGGCUCUUCAGUCUGUUGUUGAUGACCUGAAGAAUCAACGCCACCCUUGUACAUCAUGUGAGAAGUCACCUCUAGCUAAAGUCCACUGCCAGGAAUGUGGCAAGUACAUGUGCGACGAAUGUCAGAAGAUCCAUAAGAUGUGGGGUACCUUUUCCCAGCAUCAGGUAGUGGAUAUUACCGAUUUUUGCUCGGGCAAGUUACAGCUCAAGAAGAGAGCCACGUGUAAGAAGCACCCUACUGCUGAUGCAUCCUGCUUCUGUAUUGAUUGCCGUAUGUACAUCUGCUUUUGUGAGUUGCUCGAGCAUUCCAGGCAGACCCAUGAGAUCUUGAAAGUCGAGGAGCACGAGGGGGAUGUGAGAGAAAACAUCGAAGGUUUGAGAGCCAGAGCUUCGAUGAGGAAGAACACCAUAAACAAAUACGCUGCCUAUGUGGAGGAGCAACAGCAACGUUUAGACAGCCUCUUGGGCCUGAUGAAUGAGCAGAUCGACGAGGCAUACGAGAAUUCAGUGAAACGACUGACAGAGAGGAAGGCAAUACUGAAGAACGACGUAAAACACCGAAUCAAUCAGCUGGAGGUGUCUUUGAAUGACAUGCUGGAAUCAAGUCACCAACAAAUUAUCCAUGUAGAUGCUGCGACCGAGCUGGUUAGCCAUGGCCUCAAUAAUCCUCUGGAAAAGGAAUCUCUGACAGCUCAUGACACACUCUGCGAGGAACUCUCAAGGAUCCUUGAUAGGGAUAACCCUGACUACAAACAACCAACAAUAGCUGCCAAACUAGGAGAGAAAAUCCACUUCAAGAGAAAUGAGGGUAACAAUGAACUUGAUCUUGGUCGAGUGCAGGUAGCUGAUUGGGCAGCAAAGCAAGUUGAAUUCCCAAUGAAAAACAGCGUUGUUGCAAUGUCUACCCUGCCUGAUGGUACUAUGGCUUUGGCUAGUAAUCAAGGAGGUGUCGACAUAUUUGAUGUUGAAGGGCGUGUCGUUAGAUCUGUUCUAAAGAAUACGAAGCUGCGAGUAAUGGCAGCCCUCAAGAAUGGUUCUUUAGUAUCACGUGACAAGGCAAACAACAUCACCAUUUACAACAAGUCGGGUGAGCUAGUUAAACACCACCGCUUCGAAACCUCGCGGUACGACGUGGCUGGAGCAGGCGAUCUAGCAGUAGACAACUACGAUGAUAUCUACGUUGGUUACAGGAAUGCCAAGUGCAUCCAAAUUUUCAACAGCGAAGGUGGCGGGUGUCACCAUGAAAUUCCAUGUGAUGGCUAUGAGCCCAGUCAAGUUUUCCCUCUCAAGACCAAAAAGCAGUUGCUGGUGCAGAGCCACUCCAACUCUGUAAGGCUGAUCGAUUUCCACGGCAACAAGAUGCACGAAGUCACUCUCUUCGAUAACAUCUACGGUUACCCUGCCGUGUCAGAUAGUGACGACAUCGUCAUCGCCUGGGUGAAGCAUGAUGAAGGCUUAGUAAGCAUCGACUUGUACAACAGCGAAUUGAAGCAUGACCAGACGCUCAUUGCCGAUUACAAGAUAGAGAAGCCAGAAAAGCGCCACUGGUACUCCCUGCAGCUCUUCAAAGGAGAAAACAACAAAAAGGACUAUCCGCCAAAAUGCAUAGCCUUCUGUACUCCUGACCGGAUGUACAUCUUCAAAGAGGCCAUGACGGCUGGAGAUGCGUAGAUCAACCAAGUAUUAUUUAAAGUAAACCACCUUAUCGAACCCAAAUAGAGUACCUUAAUAGGAAAAUAAUUAUGUAAAAAUUAGGUUUUAAAGAAGAAGUCACCGCCUUCUUCUUGAAAAGAGAAUCGUGAGAUGAGAAAGUGAGAAAGAAUAGUUACAUGAGUUAAGAGAAUGGAUACACCCCUCCCUUUCCUGGUGUGAUGGCAGACCUAUCAUGUCAGACUAGAUUCUUUAUUACCCAUCUCAUCAGAGUAAACCAAUACCUCUUCUCUCUAUCGUACCUUUCAGAAAUUGUUUAAUCGAUAAUAUUGUAAUUUGAAUAGUGUGCAUUCAUGCAAAAAAAUCAAAUGGUUUUGAUUGCACUUCAAGUAAGAAAAUGAACACAAAAAAUAACGAGUGAAAGAAAAGAUACAUUUGUCAUUCGGAGAAACCCCACUAAUACCUGCUAUGUAUUUGCUUGGAUAUUGUCCUCGUAUCGUUAUUGGAAUGUUAAUAGAGAAUAAGUUGACUCAGUACUGUUUGUUCCGUUUCUGUAUAAAAGUAUUUCAUUAUUCAUUCAAGUGCCUUAACUAUUUUAUAGGCAUUUUAAUGAAUUAAGUUAGAUCGAGGUAAAUAUAGUACUGCCUAUAUACAUGUAUAUAUUGUUAUGGAUGUUGAGUAUUUUGCUAAGUGUAGUUGCUCGAUGAAAAAAAAUUAGGUUUGUUAUAAAGAAAAUAUAUUAUAAAUGUUUGCAGUUAAUUGUGAAAUUCUGUACAUUUUACUUGUUCGUAUUCUGUGAAUGUUUGUUUAGGGUCUUUAACUCUUUUUAUAUAAUUUCUGUUGAAGUCAUUCAUCACUUUACUUAUUUGUUUAACUACCGAAUCACAUUGUGUCCUUUGACUUUAUUAGCCAUGUAAUAUUCUACACUCUUUUAUGUAUUUGUAUGAAAGCAAAGGUCUAUUUGGAAUAUAGAUCAAAAUUCGUUUUAUAGCCGUGAUGUGAAAUGACUGUUGCUAUUUUUUUUAGGUAGACCUUAGAAAUGAUUUAUCUUUUCGAGUUUCGUGUAUAAAGUGUGUAUAUUUUUGGUUAAGUAGGUCUUCUCGAUAUAUUUUUUGUUUGAUUAAUAUGUCAUACAUCUGUACAUUUUCAUAAUAAUUAUAUUUAGUAGAUAAAAUAAUCAAGUUUAUCAUUCUCGUUACAUGUAGGCCUAUGUGUAUCUGGUUGAAGCCGGGAUGAUAGUGUUAGGCUUUGGCGUCUGUUGCGCACGGGACGCCAUUUAUGACUGAUUUAGAAUUUCGGAAUCAGCCUGUAUUAAUGUGUUAAGUAAAAAACAAUAUGGAAAUCUUAAACUGUGAAUACAGUAAUGACGUUAUGAUGUAAUCACUUUCUAAAGGGUUCUCGUUCUUGUAAAUAUCUUAUAUAAAAGUUAUAACCGAAUUGACGCCAAAAUAGCGUGCAGCGUCAAUAUAUCAAACAGUAUAUGAUUCAAAAUGGACGUGCUGCAGGAUUCUUUCGAGUGAAUAUCCACUACAUCUAAACAUAUCUUUGGGGAUAUAGUCAUGUCAUAACACCUUUCUGUUUAUUCUCUCAUGGACAAAGAUCUCAGGAACCACAGAUGAAUGGAGAAUUGUGUAACGAACUUCGCCCAUUUCAUGUUUUUGGUGACAGGAAUUAAUAUCGCUUCCCUGAAUUUUACUCCAUGAAGCUCGCAUUAUAGUUCUUGUUUCCAGUAUUGUGCUCUUAAUUUGAAUGCAUUUCAAAGGUUGACUUCUAUUAUGUCUUGCUUGUGGGAAUUAUCUUUGACAUUAAAUAAGUGGACAAUAUGAUAGUCUUUUUACAUGAUUUUAGAUAACAAAGUUGAAUACACCAUUCAGUUUUUGUUAUUCAUUUUCUUGGUAGAGUGUGCUUCAUUUGACAAAAAAUAUUCUUUGGCAUUCACUUCUACUGUUCAUACCUCUCCCCUCAUAUCAGUGGAAUUGGGACAUAAUUCACUAUACUACAUGCAUCGACGUGUACGUGACUAAAUAGACUAACAACAGUUCGAAGUUCAAUCUUGACAACUAAUCGAUAAAGCCAUUUUUUAUGCUGAGAAAUGUAAAGGUAACGCUAAGCUUGAAUGGUGCAAACCUUUAUUCACCCUUUUUACAAUUCAAUCAUAGUUGGUCAAAGAAUAGAAUAACCACAGAAAUAAGCUCAUUAUUCGUCGAGCAGCCCUGGUGAAUGAAAAAAAAAAAGGCAGUUGAAAUUUUAGUUUUCAAAUCAAAACACGUUUCGAUGACAUUAGGUAUAGACCCAUAUUCCCGCAAGGAAACAUGGCUAGAAGUGGAGGAUUUAGAAAGAUAUCUAAAUCGGGUGUUCACAUUUAUUUAACUAACAUGCUUGACGCAGCAGUAUCGCAUGAUCUGCCAUGAUUGAUUACUAUAAAACAAACAUCCUCUGUUUUGGUUUAAUUAGUGGUAUGUGUAAAAUUUGCUGUAAAUUAUUUCUGAUAUCUGAGUUCUUUCAUUAUCUGUUGAAAUGGCGCUUUUUGUACAUUCCGUAUAAAUAUUUUUUUUAUCAAAUGCUUAUUGUCAGCUUCUCUUUAUAUUCAAAGUAGGUUAAAAGCGUAUAAAGAU